AAUCAAUGAGCUAUUAAUGUAUUGUUAUUUUGAAGUCCUUAACUGCAUAAAACCCCAUCAAUUUCAACCUUUUUCAUAACAAUCCUUCUUCUAUGAUUCUCUCUCAUAAUGGGCUCAGAAAUCGAGAAUCCAACGAACACCCAACAACCUCAUAACCAACACAAUCCUAACAUCGCUUCAACCCAAAAUCACGGUUACGAAUCGGUUACCAACAAAAGUGAAAGCACUUACCGUUGUGGCGGUGAUGACGUCCGCAGUGACAGCCGAGUAACGUUAGUCCACCCUCACUCCCUCCUUCCCAUGCCAGUCCCGCCGCAGAAUUUCCAAUCAAACCAAAACGACGUCGCUCUGCCCACCUUCUCCGUCGGAAGCUUCUUCCGCCAGCGGAGCAGCGACCUCUCCGCUGCGAUCGUGAAGCGCGUCUCCUCGCUCCGCGAGUCUGUGGAGGAGGAUAACGACGGCGAGGGCGAGAAACAAGGAGUGACGGAGUUUAAUCUCUCCGGGGUGAAGGUUGUGGUGACGGCCAAGCCAGAGGAGGAGGAGGCGUCGUUGAGAGGACGCAUAAGCUUCUUCUCUCGGUCCAAUUGCCGAGACUGCACCGCGGUGCGGAGGUUCUUCAGGGAGAAAGGACUGAGGUUCGUGGAGAUAAACGUGGACGUGUUCAGCGAGAGGGAGAGGGAGCUGCGCGAGAGGACGGGGACUGGUUCUGUGCCGCAGAUUUUCUUCAACGAGAAGCUGAUCGGAGGUCUGGUGGCGCUGAACUCGCUGCGGAACAGCGGGGAGUUCGACCGAAGAGUGGCGGAGAUUCUCGGCGGGAAGGCGGCAGAUGGGAACGCGCCGUGGCCGCCGGCGUACGGGUUUGAUUGUGCAGAGGAGGAUCGCGAGGACGAGAUGGUUGGAGUGGUUAGGGUUCUGCGGCUGAGGUUGCCGAUUCAGGACAGGUUGCGCAGGAUGAAAAUGGUUAACAACUGCUUCGAAGGAAACGACUUGGUGGAGGCGCUGAUUCAGCACUUCCACUGCGCGCGUAACGAGGUACGUUUUUCCUUCGUACACCCUAUGCCUACGUAUUUCUUUUUCUUUUUUUUUUUGUAUUUUUCCAUUUUUCAUCGCUCAACUGGUAUAUGGUAUUGGUAUUCUCAUUGUAUACGACAAUAUUUUUGAAUAUUUAACAGUCACGGUAUCACUCUUAAUCGAUUUGUUACCAACAAAUUUUUUGGUAG